GGGGGCUAUCGCAUCAAAUUGAUCUGAGCGCGGGUCCGUGAGGCCGCCCCGGCCGUCAGGUGCAGAUCUCCCACAGCCGCCGCCCGAUGAGCGCGGGGGCUUUAGCCGAGAGGCUGCAGAGGCUGCACGGCGGUUGCAGCCGCAGUGGGGUUCGCGCAGGAGAGGAGCGCACGCAGUGCGCAGCGGCUCGUGCUGCAUCAGGCAGCCACGCAGGGCAUGUGGAGCGGUGCGUGCAUGUCGUGCAGACGGGAGCGAGGGCAGCGUCGAGGCAGAACUUUCCCCGGCAGAGCCUCUUGGCCCAAGCGAGGCGCAGAGCGUAGGCAGCGCACUGCACGGCAUUGGGCGUAUCCCGACGAUCGCCGGAUGGAGCCAUGCCUCCGCGCGGCUGGGGUGCGUUCUGCUCUGCACCUCGUCGCAGCCUUCUCAGCACCAUUUGCGAGCCGGCACCGCGGGUCGGGGAUCCAUUCGCGGCAGCGGCGGGGACGGGGCAGCAUCGCAGGUGCCUCGGCCCCAGGGCGCACCGUCCGACAGCUCGCAGCAUCGGCAGGCACGAGGGCGGCGCAACGCGGAGGCGGUGCAGAUUCAACCUUGUGGCCCGGCCGCCGGAGCGUCUGCUGAGGCUGCUGCUGUGCCUCCUGGGUGAGCGUGUCGCUAGAUGCAGUCGAUGCCAGCGGAAUUCCGCUGCAUACGGCAGCGCUCUCGCCUCUGGCCCUCGGCCCCGGCGCCGGCGUCCGCGCACACGGCGCUAUUGUGAUCGGGCAAUUUCGCAGCGGCGGAGCAGCCGCAGUCCGGCGCUUGGGCGGCACCCGUCGCGCAACAAGCCCCCGUCGUGCCGUCGGGUGCGCAUGGCAGCACCGUCACGCCUCCGAGCGCGCCUUACCGGUGGGAACGGCGCUAGUGCGUGUGCCGUCCUCGCCGGACGCGCGUGCUGCUGCUCCGGCCACUCGAGCACGCAGCGGCGCACACCCCAGUGCUGCAUCUGGCAGGCGCACGACGACGAGAAGUGAUUGCACAACGGCUCCGGGGCCGCUCGCCUGCGGCUGCGCACCGCGGCGACGGCGCAGAGGCGCUGCACGCCGCUGGUCCAGGGAGGUCGCGGCAGACGCGGCGCCGUUUCAG